CGUCGGUGCCGGGAUGAAGUCCCUAACCGAACGAUACUGUGAGCUAUUGGCAGGAGCCACUGCGAGCUUCGCUACCGCCUCCCUUGGCUGUAGUAUCGCGUGGCCAACGUCCGUGUUGCCGAAGCUGACCUCACCAUCACCAAAGGACAAUCCCCUCGGUGCAACACUCCUUCAUCACGAUGCUCGAAUGUGGAUCGAUACGGCACCGGCAAUCGGUGGUAUCGUUGGACCGCUGGUGGCAUGCUGGAUGGCAGAUCGGAAGGGUCGCCGUAUAGCGCUCCUCUUCAGCACCGCGCUGUACGUGGUCAGCUGGAUGUUGUUUCUGCUCGUCGCCUCCGUAGAGCAGCUGAUCGUUGCCCGGGCAACGUGUGGUUUUGCCAACGGAUACGUACUCCUGGCAGCGACGCUCUACAUCGCCGAAAUCGCUAGUGACCGGUAUCGGGAUAUGCUCGGUUGCUUUUUACAGAUCGGCACCACCUUCGGUAUCCUGUACGUGUACUGCCUUGGACCGUAUGUUAACUUCCAAAUCGUCCACGCUCUCUGCUGUGCCCAAUCGAUACUGUUCUGUGUGCUGUUCGUUUACAUGCCCGAAACACCGGCUUACCUAAUAUCCCGAGGACGGUACCGGCAGGCGAUCGAGUCGCUGUUGUUCCUGCGCGGUAGUAACCAUGACAGUGAGGUGCGCGAUGAGCUCGACGAGCUGGUACGCUACACCGUAAGGCCAUCCUGUAAAACAUCCUACUACUACCAAGACAGCGUGCUGCAGCGAGUGACCAAGCAACUGCUGAUGCUCUUCACUGAUCGUACCAACGGAAAAGCGUUACUGAUCAGCCUGGGACUGGUGGUGUGUCAACAGUGGACGUACAUCGACGGUAUCCUGGGCAGCUGUACGCAAUUCUUCGCCAAAGCGACCACAACGAUUAGACCCGAGCAUGCCACCAUCAUCCUCGGUGGGGUACAGUUCUUCUUCAGCUGCCUGUCUCCGCUCAUUCUUGGUCGCUUCGCUCGACGUUCGAUUCUGAUGUUUGCCGCGAUCGGGAUGGCCUUGGCGUUCGUGACGCUUGCCAUCUACUUUCAGCUGAGAAAGGCCGGUGUGUUGCCACACGAUACGCUUAGCUUCCAUUGGAUACCGUUGAUCGCUGCGCUUGCCUUUGUGGCGCUCUACAACGGGGGGUUUGGCCCCGCGGCAUGGGCACUUGUGAUGGAGCUGUUCGCUCAUCAAGUGAAACCAUUGGGUCUUUCGUUUAGCGUCUCCUGUUUGCUGCUCUGUGACUUUGUCGUUCUUCGGUUGUUCUCGUUUGUGACCGAUUCCGUGGGGCUGGAGUGGGCCUUCUGGAUGCUGGCCGUCGCCUGUACGCUGGCAUUCGGAUUCUCCUGCUUGUGCGUGAUCGAGACACGGGGUCUUACGUUGUGCGUCAUUCAGGAGCGCUUGGGUGGCACGAACAAAGUGCUCUCUACCAGAUAGCUCCUCUCGUAUCACAGGAUAGAAGUAAUACGCACUUGAGUUAUGGUUACGCACAAGCUUCCAAACAGAAAGAACGCGUGAGAAAGAGACAUAAAUGCAGAGAGAGAGAGAGGGGGGGAGAGAUAGGAGCACUGGAGGUAAGGUUGUUUUGCCUGGCAUGCCGCGAGUAACAUAACAUUCCAUAGGCGCACCAGCAUACUCCAUCCGCGAUGAGAUAAUGCGGAACGUGAGGCUCUGCCCAUCAACCGGGAAUUCGUUGGGGGGUUCCUUACGAUGCUCGGCACGGUGGACGGUGGACACAGCGAGAUGUUAUGCAAGAUUGCAAUGAUUAGCAAGGCUGGUGUUGCGUACAGUUGGCAGGCAGAAGGUGACGACAGCAGUAACGGUGGCGACGAACUGAUAAGAAAGAAAGCAAAACCACGCGCACCCUGUCUACCACUCAUCACCUUGCCCGGGGUCACUAGUGUAGCGUGAAGUUAGAGCACACACAGUUCACCGAGUAAACGAUUAAUCAUCGUACACAGCAAUGCGCGUGGUAGUGCAUUUGUUUAACAAACAUUCGCCGUUGCUUUCCGUGAUAACGACAAAAAGUUGCGCGCGUAAAGAGAUGCAUGUGGUAGCAGGAGAUGGUGGAAUUGUGCUGACCCAAAGGUAUGACCGGUGGGUUAAUUGGUGUUAAUUAGCUACGAGGAUUCUGGCCAAUAGGCGGUUAGUGUUUUGAGGGGAAUUUUAAUGGCAAUCCAUAUUCAAUGCCCAACCAGUUUGCUUAACAUAUUUUGAGCAGUUUUUGGAGCAAUUAAAAUAAGUUUUAAUGCUCAGCUAAUUGCGUUUUAUCACCAAAAACGUCUUGUUUUAUCGUCUUGACGUCUUGUUUCAUCUAUUGCUGAUGCUAUUAUGAUUUUAAAAACGAAAAAUUCCUAAAGUACCAAAAAAAUUGUUUAAAUUUGAGUUAAAAAAAGCGUCUUCAGAUGCAAUAAGAGACUUAGCCCUUAUGGUGUUAAAGAAGCAACAAAAUAAAUUACGUAUACUUGGUAAAAUGUAC